UCAAAUAAUAAAUAUGUUCAUAUGUCAGCAAAAUACUUUCAAAAGUCAUUUGUUUAUGGUCUUUAAUAGAUUUGGUAGUAGGAUGCAUAUCGACAGAGCAUUGGUCAGUCUAUUAUUGACUGUGUUACUGGUAGCUAUCCUCCCAAACAUUGGGGCAGAGAUUUCAAGUUUUCAAAUAAAUUCCACUGAUCACAAUGCAAACUGUUUUGAGAGAGGCAUCAAUAUAAUAUGUUUCAAAAGAUUUCUACAACCGGCAGCAGAGACGCUGAAUGAUACACGUUCAUCAAAUUUCCUAAAUGCCUUAUUGCGAAAGAUCAAUAGUGAGGCGGAUAGAGCUACUAAAUCUCGACAAAGACGACAGACGGUUGAAGUAUUAGUCAGACGGGAAAUUAGAGCAGAUUCAUACGAAACCAACUUUCUACGUUAUGCACAAGCUGUACAGAGGCUAAAAAAUGAUUUUGGAAUUCGCCCAGAUAUGAAUACCUAUGACAUCAUUGCAAUCAUUCAUACAGGAAGUAUUCGAGAACAUAGAGGGCCGGCUUUCUUCUCAUGGCACAGAAUUUAUUUAUUGUUAUAUGAAGCUGCAUUGCAAUCUGUUUUUGGUCCAGAUGUAACUGUUCCAUAUUGGGACUCCUCGUUAGAUGAAGCCAUGGAAAAUCGACAAGCAAGGACAAUUCUGUUUUCAAACAAAUAUUUUGGGACACCUUUUGGCGAGGUAACCGAAGGUUUGUUUGCAAACUUACCUGGGGUUAAGAUAAGACGUAAUAUUGGUGCGACUGCAGCACUCAUUCCUAAGAAUGCAAUCGCGGAUGUUCUAACAAGAACAAGUCAUAGUCAGAUUGUACGAAGGGAUCAACGCAGGUAUUAUUGGGAAGGCUAUCACGACAGUGUACACCGUUGGGUAGAUGGAACCAUGGCAAGCGGGACCUUGGCUGCAUUCGAUCCAAUAUUCUGGUGUCAUCAUGCAUUUGUUGACUACGUCUGGGAAUUAUUUAGAGAACGUAUUUCAAAUGCCCCUGGUGAUUAUCCAUUAGGUUUUGAUGAGCAUCCUCCAGAGGGUCAAAUGAGAUUUAACAGUUACAGAAACCAACCAAAUCCACCGAUUACAAAUAGAGAAGGUUACAGUAAUGAAUAUGCACGUCUUCGACGAUAUGCUCCCGCGCCAUCAUGUCAAAACCUGUGUUCAAAUAGUCAAGAUCUAUAUUGUAACGGAAUGAGAGAUAUAUGUGUAUCUCUAGAGAGAGUAACUGGAGAAACAUUUGCACAAGAUGUGGUCGCCUUCCCUGCUUCUGGUGUGCCUCAAGGCCCAGAUAUUACAACCUUACAAGGUAUACAACAAUCAAUAUUACAAGAUAUGCCGGCUGGUACUCCUCUUAACUUGUUUGAGGUAGAUGAGAUAGAUCCUAACACUCGUGGCCUUUCUGUUUUUGACGUUUAAAUAAACUGUUGUAUUAAUACUUAACAACACAGGCAUAUGCUUGA